CCAGCUGCAAUAGACGCGAGACGGGAGGAGGACGCAGAGGGAGACGAAUUGCGGAGGCGGCGGAGAGACGAUGGCGUAGGGGGCACGAGAUCGGGCAGGGCGCGGGCCCCGAAGCCGAGGACCCGCCGCGGCCUCGGCCGCGGCGAGUCCCGGCCCGGGCGCGCCCCCGAACGGCGGCACGCGAGCGACUUGCGAGACCUGCGCGGGCCUCGAGCGACGGCCCGCUCUCCGCGCCACCGCCGCGCGCGCACGCGCGGCGCGCGCGGUGCCCUGGCGGCCGCGGCAGCGGCGCGCCCCGCGCGGCGCUGCGACGAUCGGGCGCGGCGGCUGUCGCCGCCGAGCUCACGGCUGGAAGACGGGCAGCGCCCCCGUGGCCGCCGAGCGGCAGAACGGGCACGCCGGGGGCGCCGCCGCGGCCCCGCCGAGGAUGCGCGAGCGGCAGUCGCCGCACAGCAUGUGCCCGCAGGGGACGGAUGAGGGUCUCCAUGAACGCGUCCUGCUGGCACACCCCGCAGGUCCGCCAGAGGUUCCCCUGCCGCGCUUCGCCGCCGCCGCCGCCGAGGCUUUGUUCCGGGGGGCGCAGCAGCGUCAGUGCGCAGUAGCACAGGAGGGCCACCGCCCCGAAACAGAGCAGCAGGAGCACCAGGGCCCGCACCGGGCCCAGUGCUGGGACCUGCUGGCCGCACGCACGGCCCUUCUCGAAGGCCGACCGCCUCUGAGAAGGCGUGGGGGGGCUAAGAUCUUCCAAGAAUCCCCCAGCCUUCCAAAGGCACCAGAGGCACGAAAGAGCGCCAAUAGGUGAACAAAGAAUGGCAUCAAUAGAAACUUUCGGAGGUUCGCGCGGAUGUCUUGGAUCGGCGCUGGACCCCCCUUCCUGGCGCGUGCAGCGCUCCAGGGGAGGCGCCGCCAAGGGGGCCCAGUGCAUAUCCAAGAGAUCCGCGCGGAGCUUCGACAGUCUAUGUUCAUGCAGGCACCGAGGCGGCGGCUGCGGCGGCGGCCCGCACUUGACCCUGGCCCGGCGGCUGCAGCGGCGGCGGCGGCGGUCAGCGGGGAAUGCAGCCCCCUCGCCAGAGCACCCGUUUGCGCGCCGCCGCCGAGACCUGGCGCACCGCCGCCAGCGCCAGGGGCCCCGCCGGCAGCGGGCGGAGGCUCACCACGGCCAUGCGGCCAUGGGCCCACCCCGGGGAGGAGGGCCGGCGGGGGCCGCGCUACAUUGUCGUGGCGCCCAGGCGCCCACCGCCCCCUGCU